GAAAUCAUUCUCACAUACUCUAGCAACGGUAUCCGCUUCUCUAUAUCAGAUAUUUCUUCACCACAAGGUCGCCUGCUUUCUUGUCUAUAUCGCGAACGAUCCAGUAUCUCACUCUACGAUGCCCUUCACCUGCCAUCUCCAGAUGCUGAGCUUCUGCAUUUCUCAAAUCAAACUAUGGUGCUCGUGGCGGAAACCCUGCUCAAAUUCAAAAAGAUAUGUGAAGGGUACGGCGUCUCUCAUGACUGCAUCCAAAUCUUCGCCACUGAAGCUAUGCGGAUUGCUAAGAAUCGAGAUCAAAUGCUGCAGACCAUUUCCAGGACUAGUGGAUUGACGGUGUCAAUUUUGACAGCCGAAGAAGAAAGUCUUUAUGGUGCAGUUGGCGCACGAAGUUGCUUUGAUAAGAUGGACGGCCUAUUUAUGGACUUGGGUGGUGGCAGUUUACAGUUGACCUACGUCAACACCACUCUUGGCCCUGGCUAUGAGACGGCCGCAGCAAAAGCAGCCCAAAGUAUUCCAUAUGGAGCCGCAAGACUAACGCUUGCACUAGAAGAGCAAACUACUGCCGCUCUUCAGAAAGAGCUUCAAGAAAAAUUUAAAGAGGCAUACGAAAGGAUAGUAGAGACUUUUGAUGUGUUGAAAAGUAAAAUAGCAGAUGGUGAUGGAGUGAGCUUAUAUCUCUCUGGGGGCGGACUUAGAGGUUAUGGCAGCAUGUUGAUGCACAUGGAUCCUAUUCAACCAUAUCCAAUACCAGUAGUAGGGGGAUAUAUUGUAUCAGGAGUUCGGUUUUCUCAAUGGCGUGAAAUGCUAGAGGCCAACAACCAGGCAGUCAAAAUCUUUGGACUGUCGAAACGGAGACGCAAACAAUUUCCAGCAAUCGCUUUGGUUGUUAGAUCAAUCAUCGAAACCAUUCCAAAGAUCAAGUCGGCAAUUUUCUGUUCAGGCGGUACUCGUGAAGGAGUUCUUUUCAUGAAACUUCCCUGCUCUAUCAGGAACUCUGACCCUAGCGUUCACAAUCUUAUAACGGGUCAAGACCAAGACCCCUCUACAAUAUCAAUCGUUUCUAGAUUACUCGAGACUAUCAUGCCUUCUCAGUGUCCUUCUCUUUUUACACUUAGCUUUCUAAAACAGGUUGCACGCUGCACAUGGGUAUCCCAAGGUCAUCUUCACAACGCUUCGUAUUUCCUCCACACCUGCACAUCUGGUGAUUUUGUAAGUCUUCCAGGCAUUACGCACGAGUUCAGCGCUGCCCUUGCCCUAACUCUUUCAACACGAUGGGGUUCUCGUCUAAGACCCACUGACGUCCAAAUUCAGCGAAACUUAGAAGAAUUUGUUGGCUUGGAAACUGCUUGGAUGUGUCAGUACGUAGGCACUGCUGCUCGAUUUCUAGCAGAAUUAUGUCCGGUAUUCUCAAUUAUCCCCCAUGUAUUGGUAGAAUCUCUGUCGUGUGAGGCUACAUUUAGCAAAUCCUUAGGAAAAAAGCGGAAGAAGAGCGGUAUCCAGUUGAGAGUCACUAUGCCGGGAAAAGAUUGUGAUUUGCCCGGGAGAGACUUUGGCCAACUUCAGGGGAUGUGGAAAAAGGUUGGAAAAGGCCUAUCUCUUGAUUGGAAGGUAGAAAUGGAGAUGGUACUAUCCGGCUCCGACGAAGUAAUCAACGAAACAAUCAACUAG